AUGGCGAUGCCGCCGGGGCCCCGCGAGCGUUUCGACCUUAUGCUGGGCUCCGACACCGAGUCGGAGGUGGACGCCGGCUCUGGGGCGUCGAGCCCAGCCUCCGCGCGUGGCGCGAAGACCUACCUGCUGACGGACGGCUCGGAGCAGGAGGAGGUUUCGGAGGAGUACGAUAUCAAUGAUGAGUACGACUUCGAUGCCGAGAAGGUUGCCCAGCGGCUGCGGGAGGGCGCGAGCGUGGAGGAGCUCACCAGGGAGGUGGAGGACAGCAUGGCCGACCAGCUGCAGACCCGGCUGGCGGCGGCCGCCGAGGACGAGCCCCAGGAGCCGGCCUCGGGCGGGCACACCCCCCGCAUGACCGGCGACCUCUCGAGCCGCAUGACGCCGCCAGCGUCGACGGAGGCUCCCCUCGCUUCCCCGACGGCGGGCCUCGCGGGCCUGGCCGGCGCGCUGGAGGGCCUGGGCCAGGCGAGCCCGGCCCGGCCGCGCCGCCGCCGCCUGCCGACGGACUACCGCGAGGAGGGCGGCCAGACCAGGAUCCUCGGCCCGUGGAAGAGCACCGAGGUCGGAUCCCUGAGCCGGCGAAAGAGCUCGGCAUGGGAGCUCAUCCAGAGGCUCGUCGGGGGCGCGCCCGCAGACCAGGUGGGCAUGUACCGCGGACAGGCGCUGCAGGCCACCGCCAAGUACCUGGCAGAGCGCUCCGCUGCGGACAGCGCCUACCUCGCGGACCUCGGCGCCCCGCCCCCGGCGCGCCCGGAGCUCUCGUCGGCGGCCGCGCCGGCAGCCCCGGAGGCGGUGCGGCGGCUCGCGGUCCUCCAGCGCACGGCGGAGCGGUCCGCCAGGCUCGCGUCCGAACUGCGGGCUUUCCUGGAGCGCCACGCGCGCGCCGAGGGGGACAUCCGCCGCACCGUGAGGCUGGCGACCGAGGACGCAGAGGCGUCUCGCGGCGCCGAGCAGGAGGCUCGAGCGCACGUGUGGCCGGAGGCGCCCCCCUUGCUCGACGAUCCGCUCAAGGGUCACUUGCGGGGGGGGGAAGUGCCAGAGGGCACCUGCGCGUGGCUGGCCGUGACCAGAUACUUGGCUGCGUGUCAGGCCCUCCAGGACGCCCACUCUGCAGCUCAGUCUCGCCUGCACCGCAAGGAGCUGCACCUGGCUCAGCUGCAGGUGCUGGUGGACAACGUGUUGGGUCAGGCAAUCUCGGCCUCCUUGGACGCGACUCCAGACAGCGUCCCAGAGAUCGUCCUUGGAGACGGCGACGGCGCUGGCCACGCGGAGCCUUCGGAUCAUGGCCCAGGUGAGGACGAGGGGGACGACGACGAGAGCCCCACUGCGAUCCUGUCAAUGGAGGCUGCGCCGCUCGUGAUGCAUCAGCUGGCCGUCGACGUGUGUUACCAGGCCGCGGAUGCGGCCCAUGAGGAUUCCGCUGACGAGUGGAUCUCAUCACACAUACUGGUUUCUGUGGAUCUCUGGCUCCAUGUGUGGGGCACGACCGCCGAGACGGUGAGUGGCCCCCCUCUGCAGAGCACGCCGAGUCAGAGCAUCUACUUGCCCCGCGCGUGCGCAGGACCCGUUGCCAUCGGGGUUUCGAACCAGCCGCGGGUGCUGCAUCUCAAACUUCGGAAGACCUCAGACACGGCCAGCCCAGCCAGCACAGGCGUUUUAGGUGGCGUGGCUGAUUGGGCGAAAGGGGCGGGCCGGCAGGACCUGAUCGCCUUCCUGACAGGCGGCGAUCCUGCGGGUCACGAGUUCCCGCUGAUCCUCGAGUUCCGGGGGUCUCCCUCGGCGGAGAUCCUGCUGAAGGACGGCUGGACCCCGUGCCACGCUGCGGCCGGCAUGGACCACCCCGGCCGCAGGCAGUACCGCGCCAUCCUGCAGGUGCUGGUGCAGGAGCAGCGCCGAGCGGCCGCGGCGCGCGACGCGGUGGGCUGCACCGCCCAGGACUGGGCGGCCAUCGCGCGGGGCGGCUCGCGGGAGCGGCCGCUGAGCGCGGGCGUGGGCCCGGCAGGGCCCGCGAGGGCGCGCAGCCUGCAGCGCGGGCAGCUGCACGUCUACGUGGCGAGCCAGCGCCCCCAGUCGGCCACUGGCAGGGAGGCGGCCCCAGCCUCCCUCGUGGACUUGGGCUGGCGGGACCCGCCGGCGCCCUCGUGCGGCCACCGGGUCUUCGGCUUCGGCAGGGAGGUGGCCGCGGCCGACGCCUAG